AUGGCCAAGGUUGCUCCUCAGGUCCGGUGCUGCUGGGGAGAGUUCAUGGAUGAGAUGCACAGAUUGCACACUUCCCCAGUCAAGCAACUGAUACCAGCCGUUCCAGCAUGUGUCACAAAGAUGCGGCGCUUCUGGGACAAACCCUUCUCACAGAGGGUACCUGUUAAUAAAGGUUUCUCUAGGCUGGAUGUUCACAAUAUGGAAGAGUUGGGGAUGUCCAACCCCCCCAGUCCCAUCUCACUGCUCACAGCGUACCAAGAUGAGCUCAUGGAGGAGAUGAGGAGGCAGAUUGAUGCCCGACCCAGCAUUGUGGCAAGAGAUCUACUGUGGAGCAUGACAAGCAUCCAGCAGGUGUUUAUGACUGAUGUGUUGAGUGUGUGUGAAGCUGAACGGUUGCGUCUCCUCUCAUCAGCUCCUCCUCUCAGCUGUCUUUCUCUUGCUCCUCCCUGCGUUAACAUUCACUCUCUCCCUCUCUGUGGUUCUCUGCUCUCUCUGCGUCUCUCUGCUGGUCUCAGCCGCUCUGUCCCUCCCUUCCUUCUCAUGGUGGUCAGUCGGCUCGGGCCUCGAGGCCUGGACGCUGCCGUGUGGGCUGCUUACACCACCGUCUUCAUCCCUCUGAGUAGCAGCCUGUUCUCCAGCAGAGCCCUGCACUUCUACCUUUGGCUUAAGCAGAUGAAGGAGCUGGAGCAGGAGAAAGACUCUCUACUAGCUGGGCUGGAUGUGUUGGAGCGAGCCAGAGAAUGGUACCAGACCCAGAUCCAUAACAUCACUGAAACGCAGAGACACAUCGGCCAGAGCCACCACUCCACCGAGUUUUUGGCUGAAUCUUGUCAGAGUCAGUUGGACGUUGUUCUUCCUAAACUGCAGGACGUCACACGCUGCCUCUGCGAUUUACUUUCAUUCUCCGGGAAGACGUUCCCGUCCACAGGCUCCUCCAGCGCUCCUCCUGCUCCAGCACCUCCUCGGGCCAUCCACAUACUGAAGGAGCAGAACCGGCUCCUCACACAGGAGGUGACAGAGAAAAGUGAACGCAUCACUCAGCUGGAGCAGGAGAAAACAGCUCUGAUAAAGCAGCUGUUUGAAGCUCGAGCUAGCAGUGCUCACAACAGCAGUGCUCUCGAUUCUACCUUCAUCUGAUCACCAUCACUCCAGAGAUCUGCUAAAAUCACAAUCAUGAUAUCCUCAGCACCACACUGAACCAUGCCUUCAUAUGAUUACUGUCACUCCAGAGAUCAACACAACACCACACUACACGCAGAACCAUCUGAGACAAAGAUUACAGGAUUUUCAGAGGAAUUUGAACAAACAACAGUCCAAUCUACGAUAUCAACACGAUUCACGGAGGAGCUGCAGCUUCACUUCUUAUUUCACCCUGAUUUGACCUGAAGAGGCCUGAUCUCGGUCAGCUGAGACAAAAUACAUGAGAUGAGCUGAAGAAUAAACUGGAUUCCAGUGUAUGAAGGUCAGAUGGAAUGGAUAAACAUAUUUGAAUAGAGACUGUGUUUAAAGUUCCUACACAAUUCUCCUGUAUAGUCGGUAUGAAUGGAACUUUUAUCUGAACAGUCAAUUAUUGAGUUCAGUUAAGUAGCCUUUUCCUUUUGGUUUGGUUUGGUUUGAUUUGGUUUAUUUUUGCUGUGUUGCUUUAAUUAGCUUGCUGUUUUCUCUGAAAAAGUAGUAUUUUUAAAUUCUUCUCAGUAAAAGCACCAGAUCACAGCUGUUAAAGGUGAAAAGUUGAAAAGACUUCUUAAAGACUUGAUGUAAAAUUAGUGACAUAUCUUUUCUUCUGUAUUGAUGUAGAUCUGAGUUAAAUGGAUUAUUGAAAAAGAAAAAUAUGUAGG